CCCAUCGUCCUCGGGCGGUACCUAGUUGCUCUAUAUAUGAUAGAGAUAGGACGGCUGGUUUCACCGUGUCUGUAUUGAGCUUUCCCGUUCGUUGUUCUCGUUCCUCAACUCCUCGCACUGUGCUGCACCGGCCACGUAAUGCGGCUAUUCACCGUCACAGCCGCGGCGCUUCUGGCAAGCGUUGCGGAAGCUUCAAGCUUGACUCCACCUGUUCUUCCACUGGUUGUGAGAAAUCCAUAUCUGAGUACAUGGCUAGCGAACGCGCGAGAAGCGCCGUGGAGCCAGUGGCCCAUGUUUUGGACUGGCGCCGAGGUUGGCUUUGGUGUCCUCGCGUCCCUUCCCGAUUCAAACCAAGUAUUCCCACUCCUGGGCCGGCCCCACGACUCGCUAGAAGACGACAGUAAAGAUUAUACCAUCGCGUACCCUACAUACAAAGGCGCCAAGUAUGACGCAUCCACGACGAACCUCACAUACUCGAUCCGCACGUCAGACAAGAUCGCCGCGGCCCACGACGUCGAAAUCACCCUCUCCUUCCUCUCGCCCAUUACACCUACCUCGACUCUGCGACAGUCGAUACCGGCAGCUUAUCUCUCAAUACAUGUCGAAGCAAGUGUCAAGGUCAACCUCUAUGUGGAUGUCAACGGACAAUGGGUGAGCGGGAAGCGGGAAAGCCUCAUAGAGUGGGGCCUGACCGAAUACGAGGCGCCAGGAACAAUAAAAGGCUUGAAGACAUGGAGGGUGAAGCGUCAGAUUGAGCAACUCUUUACCGAGACGAACGACCAGCCCGAGUGGGGUCAGCUGCACUUUACUGGGCCAGCUGAUGUUCGCCACGAGUCCGGUACCUCUGCGCUGCUCCGUCAGCGCUUUGCCCGGACUGGGACGCUGCAAAAUGUGGUCGAUGAGAACUUUCGCGCCAUAAUGGAGGAUGAGCCGGUAUUCGCCUUCGUCAAGGAAUUCAAGCCGAAGAACUCGUCGGCUACUGCAUCAACCGCGAGCAAGAGUGUGCUAUUCACCAUUACCCACAUUCAAGAUCCAGUCACGCAGUAUGCUUCUGCUCGCGGUCUCACCUUCAUGCGUCCGCUGUGGAAGUCCUGGUUUUCGCAGCACAGCAAGCUCAUCCACUUCCAUUAUCUCGACUUUACCAAGGCCAACAAUCUGGCGGGCAACUAUUCGGAGCAACUUCGUAUCGAUGCCUAUCAAUCAGGAUCCACAAACUACGUUGAUAUUGUUGCUCUAUCGGCUCGACAAACCAUGGGCGCGACCAGCUUCUCUGGAACACCAGAGAACCCACUGCUCUUCCUGAAGGAGAUCUCAUCGAAUGGCAAUUCCCAGACGGUCGACGUUAUUUUCCCUGCAUUUCCUUUCUUCCUUUACACCCAGCCUAAAUGGCUUGCAUAUCUCCUAGAGCCGCUUCUCGAGCAUCAGUUGAGUGGCCAGUACCCUAACAAGUAUUCGAUGCAUGAUCUGGGUGCCCACUUUCCCAACCUGACUGGCCAUGCCGACGGAAGAGAUGAGUACAUGCCUGUUGAAGAGUGUGGAGAUAUGCUUAUUAUGGGGCUGGCUCUAGUGAAUUCGUUGAGCUAUAAUUCCGAUGUCGAGUCUCAGUCUAUCUGGUCUACUGUCGGGAACGACGCAGACUACGAUGAUUCAAGCGAGAAGCCCUUUGCCCUGAUGAACAUCGGCUCUCAUGGUGGAAUUGAGUAUAUCGAUGAAGCCUGGGGCGGAGGUACAAAGGGAGUCAAGCAGGCGAGGAAGUGGUUGGAAGGUAGUUAUGAGCUGUGGAAGCAGUGGACAGGCUAUCUUGUCGAGGAUGCUCUUGAGCCCCACAAUCAGCUCUGCACCGACGAUUUUGCAGGAUGGCUUCCUCUGCAGACGAACCUGGCGUUGAAGGGCAUUGUCGGUAUCAAAGCCUUUAGCGAGCUAGCGGAUCUCCUCGAGCGGCCUGGCGACGCGAAGCACUACCGCAACAUCUCCGAAACGUACAUCAAGAAGUGGCUGGAGUACGGUAUCUCGCGCGAUGGUUCGCAUGCUAAGCUCGCAUACGACUGGUAUGGAAGCUGGACGACACUGUAUUCGCUUUAUGCCGAUGCCGUCUUGUGCUUCCACCCUUCCAUCACAAACGCGACCUCCACGUCAUCAUAUAUGGGCUCUAACGGGCAUGCACAGGAGCCUUUGACAUCGGAUGAGUUGUCAGGAGGUCGAACUCCCAUCACUUCGGACUUUAUUCCCAACCACAUCUACAAAAUGCAAUCAGACUGGUACUCUGCCGUCAUGCAGAAAUACGGCCUACCACUCGAUAGUCGACACCUUUACACCAAAUCAGAUUGGGAGUUUGAAGCCGCUGCCGUCGCAAGCAAGAAGGUGAGAUCGGAGAUUUUGGAUAGAGUGGCGCUGUGGUUGAAUGAGACGGCUACGGAUCGCCCGUUUACGGAUUUGUAUGUCACAGAAGGGGACGGGGGUUUUCCAGGACCGUGGUUCUUUGCUAGACCGGUUGUUGGGGGUCACUUUGCUUUUUUGACGCUAGAGAGGGCUUGUGGUGGGAAGACGAAGGAUGUGAUGAAUGACGAGUAAUGAAGCAUGGCAGUACUGAUGUGCUGAAGUAGUUGCAUAGUAAAUAGGAUAUAUUAAGCUGCAUUGCCUAAGUCUAUGAGACUGAGAACAAUCGCAUACUCUAGUCUUAUUCUAGUUAGAGCCUAGUAAUAAUCGGUUCUGGAUUACGGU